AAAGUAGAAUGCAUACAAAACCAAAACCCUCUUACUUUAAAAGUCAAGAGGCAAACACGUAUACGUGACAACUUCCCCUCUUCAUCUGCUCCACCUUUUCCCUUCUUUUAUUUCCUCACCAGAUAAUACACUAUCUCUAUAAUUCUCAUCUUAUCAACUCAUUUCCUCUCAGCUUCUCCUUCUUUUUCUGUUAACAAUGGAGGAAUCAAUGGCUGCUACGUGGUCGGACUGGUCGGAGGAAGAGCUGGUGAGGGAGCUUCUGGACAAUGAUUCACCACUGUUUGUGCUACCGGAGGAGGCUGUGCAGUCCCGAGCGGCUAGUGUUUUCGGUAAAGAGGCUAUCAACCGAUUCAUCCCUAACGUCUAUUCGGGUCCAACGAUCCAAGAUAUCGAGACUGCUUUGUCUGUCACAACUGGAACAGUCCAACCCCAAGAACUUUCAAACGCCAGGCUGUCAUUGCUAGAAAGGGGUCUGAGUAAGGUUGAGCAUAAGUACACUCUGAAGAUCAAAAGCUGUGGAAAUGGAAUAAUGGCUGAUGAUGGUUAUAAAUGGAGGAAGUAUGGCCAGAAAUCUAUUAAGAAUAGCCCUAAUCCUAGCCCUAUAAGUGUUUGUAGCUCAAGCGGUUAUGAGCACUCAGUUCUACACCUAAGGAGCUACUACCGGUGCACAAAUCCAAGAUGCAGUGCAAAAAAGCAAGUAGAGAGGUCCAGUGAGGACCCAGACACACUCAUCAUCACCUAUGAAGGGCUCCAUUUACACUUUGCAUACCCAUUUUUCAACCUCAACAACCAGGCCCAAAACUCCACUCCACCAAUGAAGAAGACCAAGAAGAAAACCUUGGAUCCCCAACCCGAAGACCAAGAACGAGAAGCACAAGAGAGCCCGCGAAGCCUUACUCCCGAUCCAGUUCCAGAUCUGCCGCCCGGCCCGUUUCCGGACCGGUAUCAAGAGUUUGUGAAAGAAGAGAGAAGCUCACAAGGGUUGCUUCAAGAUAUGGUGCCAUUCAUGAUUAGGAACCCUAAACCAACGAGUGCUUCUUCAAACUCUUCAUGUUCCUCUUAUCGUUCAUCUCCAACGUCUCCUUCUUCUCUAUCAUGGGCCACUUCCUAUUUUGACGUUGGCAUAAAUCAUAGUUUUGGAUGAAUCUAUAGAUAUCUCAGUGGGUUAAACCCUAAUGAUUAAUCUAGUUUGUUAUUAUAUAUAUAUAUAUAUAUAUAUAUAUAUAUGUGAACUAUAAAAUGUUGAACAAUAACGAUAUGUAUGUUAAAAAUGCGAAGUAGAUUUUAUUUGUCAAUAUAAGGAGGCAAUAAAAUGUUUGAAGCCACACGGUAGUAGAUAAGUUAUUUUGCUAUCCUAUGUCAAUAUUUUGAAUGAAAAGUUUACUUAG